AUGGCCAGUUCACCAAAGUUUCUCUUAAUCUCUCUCCUCUUCCUCAUCUUUUUCAUAUCAGAAACUUUAGGCCAAUCUGAAAACGCUACCAGAACAAAAUGUACCUCGAGUUACGGUAAUGGAUGUCACAAUAAAACUGAAGCCUUCAAGCUCAAACUCAUCGCAAUUGCUUCCAUAUUAGUAACUAGCAUGAUCGGUGUUACCUUGCCCAUAUUGUCUCGGGCUGUACCUGCUCUUCAGCCCGACAAAGAUUUGUUUGUUAUUGUCAAAGCAUUCGCGUCGGGCGUGAUACUCGCGACCGGGUACAUGCAUGUCAUGCCAGAUUCAUUUGAUUGCUUGAGGUCGGAGUGUUUGCCGAAAAACCCGUGGAGGAAGUUUCCGUUUGCGACUUUUGUGGCAAUGCUUUCUGCUAUAGUGACCUUGAUGGUGGAUUCAUUUGCUUUGAGUUAUUAUAAGAAACGUUGUUGUGGAGGAGGAACAGUGGAGUCUGGCAAGCAGGUGAUGGAUGGGCAUGUGGAAUCGCAAAGUUUUGGACAUUGUCAUGGAAAUGGUUUUGAUGGGCUUGUAGAUGUUGAGGCCUCUCAAUUGCUACGACAUCGCGUAAUAGCUCAGGUACUAGAACUGGGAAUUAUUGUGCACUCGGUGGUAAUUGGACUUUCAAUGGGGGCAUCUGAGAAUCCAUGCACAAUCAGGCCGCUUAUAGCUGCUCUGUGCUUCCACCAACUGUUUGAAGGAAUGGGUCUGGGUGGAUGCAUACUACAGGCUGCAUAUGGUAUUAAGACGACGGCGAUCAUGGUUUUCUUUUUCUCUUCCACAACUCCAUUUGGGAUAGCGCUUGGAAUUGGUUUGUCGAAUGUGUAUAGCGACAAUAGUCCAAAAGCUCUGAUCGUGGUGGGUAUACUAAGUGCGUCUUCGGCAGGCCUACUGAACUACAUGGCAUUGGUGGACCUUUUAGCGUCUGAUUUUAUGGGGUUCAAGCUACAAAAGAGUAUGAAGCUUCAAAUAUGGGCUUAUUGUGCAGUUCUAUUGGGCGCUGGAUUCAUGUCUUUGAUGGCAAAGUGGGCAUAG